AUGGCGGCUUCAAGUUAUCUCAGCAGCUCCAUAGUCCCGACCAGGGGCAGGGCCGUUAGCCGUGUACGCACGUACAAUUGGCCCCCCAUCCAGCUCAACCUCUGGAUCUUUGUCAUGCUCCUCGCCUCGAGCACGAUUCUUGGUGUCUUUGCCAUCUUUCUACAGACUCAGAAGCGGAUGCUCCUCGCCAUUCCUUGGGCCAGACUAUAG